CCUUGGGGACCGCCAUUCGUGGUAUGUUAGUUUUAUUGAAAGUCCGCUGCUUGAAUGAUGCAUUUCUAGCUUGUUCAGGUCAUUACAGUGGGUGCGAUUAUCAUCAAUGCGUCCUGUCUUCUUUUCUUGGUUACGAAUGACUCAGUGGCAGCCAUUCACCUCUCCAGUUCAAGGAUGGUCUUCGGUUAUUCCCAAGUUUACGCCCGUUUAUUUCGUGUCGUACUAUAUCGAACUUCCAAUUAUGUUGAUCAUGUACCUUGUAUGGAUGCUCAUCCAACGUCCCGGGCGACCUUCACGUAUAAAUGAGCAUCACGACAGACUGGAUAGAUGUUUCAAGACACGGUGCGUUGAUCAAAAAAAACCACUACUGGCAAUACGCCGUUCCAGCUGCGAUGGGCUUGCUAUGGCAUUGCGGACUGCGACGGGCGUAGCCAUAACCAUGACCUCGAAACCAACCGAGAGGAGAAGAAGUAGAAGGACUGCAAAGGAUGGACGUGCCGGAUAUAGCGUUGAGAGGGGCAUGAACAUAAGAACAAUAAAACAAAGCAAGCAAUGCCAGCAAGCAGAUAUGUAGCAAAUUCGGCCAGCGAAUUUAUCUGGAUAUUGAACGUAUUGAACAACAGUGAGUGCGCGUUGAUAAUAUGACUCGGAGUAUGGGCAGCCGCAACAAUUCC